CCUACGUGCGCGGGGUCGCGAGGGGGUGCCCCUUGUGAGGUGGUGCGGGCCGAUGGGGCCGGCCGAGCCGAGUGGGGGCGAGCGCGGGGCCGCCUGAGCCCCGCCGGCCGGGGCGACGCUAUGCGGCGCGGCGAGAGGAGAAGCCACGGCGGGGCGCUGAGCAAGGCCGCGCUGGAGGAGCAGCCCGACGGCGGGGUGAUGGAGGCGCCCCCGGGCUCCCGCGGAGACUCGCCGCCCGCGGCCCCCGGCAGCGCCGCCCCCGGGCUGCGCCGCAGCACCGAGUCCGAGGUGUACGACGACGGCACCAACACCUUCUUCUGGAGAGCUCACACCUUAACAGUCCUGUUUAUCCUCACAUGUGCACUGGGAUAUGUAACCUUGCUUGAAGAAACUCCACAAGAUACAGCCUACAAUACAAAGAGAGGUAUUGUUGCCAGUAUUUUAGUUUUCUUAUGUUUUGGAGUCACUCAAGCUAAAGAUGGACCAUUUUCAAGACCACAUCCAGCUUACUGGAGGUUUUGGCUGUGUGUCAGCGUUGUGUAUGAGCUCUUCCUCAUCUUUAUACUUUUCCAGACUGUACGCGAUGGCAGACAGUUCAUGAAAUACAUUGAUCCAAAUUUAGGAGUUGCCUUGCCAGAAAGAGACUAUGGUGGGAACUGCCUUAUUUACGAUCCGGGCAACAAGACUGAUCCAUUUCACAAUGUCUGGGACAAACUGGAUGGAUUUGUUCCUGCUCACUUCCUUGGCUGGUACCUAAAAACGCUAAUGAUUCGGGACUGGUGGAUGUGUAUGAUCAUCAGUGUAAUGUUUGAAUUUCUGGAGUAUAGUCUGGAACAUCAGCUUCCAAACUUCAGUGAAUGUUGGUGGGAUCAUUGGAUAAUGGAUGUAAUCCUAUGCAAUGGAUUUGGGAUUUAUUGUGGAAUGAAAACUUUGGGAUGGCUUUCUUUGAAAACGUAUAAAUGGCAAGGACUUUGGAACAUUCCUACGUACAAAGGUAAAAUAAAGAGAAUGGCUUUCCAGUUCACACCCUAUAGCUGGGUCAAAUUUGAGUGGAAGCCAGCAUCCAGCCUGCGCAGAUGGCUAGCAGUUUGUGGCAUCAUCUUUGUAUUUUUAUUGGCAGAACUGAACACGUUUUACUUGAAGUUUGUCCUGUGGAUGCCACCAGAACACUACUUGGUCCUGUUACGACUUGUCUUCUUUGUCAAUGUGGGAGGUGUGGGCAUGAGGGAGAUCUACGACUUCAUGGAUGACCCGAAGUUCCAUAAGAAGUUGGGUCAACAGGCCUGGCUAGUUGCUGCUAUCACAGUCACAGAGUUUCUGAUUGUUGUGAAGUACGACCCUUACACCCUAAUGCUGUCCCUUCCUUUCUACAUUACCCAGUGCUGGAUACUUGGAAUCAUACUUGUGCUCACCUGGACAAUAUGGCGCUUUUUCAUUCGUGACAUUACCUUGCGGUGUAAGGAGAUAAGACGACAACAGCAAGAGCACAAAUCUGAAAAGGACAAAUGCUUAAGCAACGGUGAUGGACAUUCUCCAGUACCAGAUGAACAAAACGGGAACAAACUGAGGGAAAGAAAAUUUUGAACCCGAACAACAGACUAAGGGCUAAGAGAGCAACCUGUGAAAGUCAGCUUGUUUGACAUGACUCUCAACCUUAUUCUACCUAGAAAACUUCCAUUGUUUACCCACGUCUGAAAAUCAUCUGGGGAAAGAUGUCACCAUGACCUCCUUCUAGUAAAAGUUGGAGAAAGACUACAAUAGAUAGAAGUCAGAACCUACACUACUGAAAAAGAAAGGAUCUUUGCGUGUGUGUUUUAUAAAUGUCUGUUCCUUGCAAAAUCAAGGAUUUAGGGGAGUUUUAAAUUAAAUGCAAAGGGAAUCCAGUGAUCCUAUUUCCAGUGACCCAUGAUAUUUCAGUUUUGACACUGUUUGGUGGGCCAUUAGGAACACUCAUUUUAUGGACUAAAUAUACAUGGCACUGAAUAAUUUUGUAUUUCUGCUGAAACUACCUUGAGCUGUGACGUAAUAUAUGUAACGUUGGUUCCAUUCACCUAUUAGCAGAAGUUCAGGGACAGAACUGCAGCAAGAUAAACUUAGUGAUGUGACUGGAGCGUGUGAACAAGUUGCAUCACUUGCACAGCAUAUAAUACAGUACGCAAUUGUUACAUCCCCUGCAAUGCUGGGGUUUGCUGCCUUUUUCAAAGCUGAUUUACAUUACCAUGGUGCAACCUAUGACUGUGUUUCAUACUACAUCAUAGCACUGAUUAUACAGAAAACCUCUCCUUUCGGUUCAUUUUUAUCCAGGUCAUCUCUCAACAUAAUCGAAGUUUAGGUCAGAACGUUAACCUCCAUUGCCUAAUGGAGUAAAGUGUAUUACAAACAGAAAAUUGGUAGUUAAUUCCAUCGAGGUCUUAAGUUAUUUGCCUUAUACUUAAAGCAUUAUUUUUCUUUGCUUGCCAAGACAGCUGCAUUCUUUGCUUCCGCUUUGAAGGCAGGUCAAGUUCUGCCAUCCUUCAGAGUUAUCCUAUUCCUCCUAGUGCUAGGUCUGAGCUUUUAGCAACCGUAAACCAACUGGAAAAUGUGCAUUCUGCCAGCCACUUGCACAAUACACAGACACUAAACGCUUUGCUGUCCUAGCUGAUGAAAGAAUAGGGUUGACUUGAUCACUUGUGGCCCUUUCCUGAGUGAUGAGAGAGAACCUGCUGUCCAAGCUAGGUGGCAUUCUUGCCAGUGACUCAGUGUCUCAUAACAACAUUUAAAAACUGACAUUUCUAAUGUCACUGCUCCUAAAACGUAGCGGCCGCAGUAGAAUAUCAACUUGUCCCAUAUUGUCCUAGAUGCAGGCCCCUGUAAUGUAACAAACUGAGAACUUUAACCAACAUAACUUUUCUAAAAAUACAGAAGUCUUAUCUGGCUAUUAAUCACAUUAUACACUACUUUUGAGAGAAGCUUAUUUAUACAGAAGAAAA